ACUACAACAUUUUCACAUCUUCACUUUGUCUGAUAAUCGCUCGCUAAAUUAUAUUCACACUCGCAUCGAUUAUAGAGAUACAAAACGAAAUUUGAAGAGAAUGGUGAAGCUAGCAUCGGCCCGUGAGAGGCGAAUGUACGGGCCGAGAUUGGCCCGGAACAGAUCGGAGUACAUAAACGCCGGGCUAUAUGUAUUUGCGACGAUCUUGCUUCUGACCGGUUUUUGUUCACAGUUAUCCAACGAGCCCAAAUCCGGGCUGGUUCUUCUGCUAAUUGGGUGUGUGAUAAUGAUGGGAGUGAAUAUUCAUGAUCUUGUUGCCCAUCUUGCCAGUAUCGAUUUCCGAUUCCCGUUAAUGGAGUACGAUGUACAAUUCGGGCUUGUCGAAUUUGGUGUGCCACUGCUUUACACAUUGGGCACUAUUUUGUUUUUCCUGGGCAUUCUCUUUCUUUUCAUCCAGGCGGAGAGAGGUUAUGGAACUCUGGAAAGACAUGCUUUAAGCUUGCUUAUUGCUGGUCCAGUUCUUUGGCUGCUUGGAUCAAUCGAUAACUCGUGUCAGAUAUACGAAAGAGCAGGAGGACAUGUUCAAAUCUUGCAGGAAAGCGUUCUUAUCCCGUUCUUGAUGGGCAGCAUGUUAUUUCUUAUUGGCGCUAUUUUAAAUAGCCGAGAGCAGAUUGGAUAUGAUCACCAUGGCUUGGAACUCGUGGGUGAGUUUUGGAUAUGGCUAGGUAUAUUUGGAAGCUUGUUUCUUUUUAUCGGGGGAUUAACAAACGUCGUAAAAGUUUUCAAGAUGCAACAAAUUGACGGACUGAGACUAGAGAAACUGCGAGGCGGAGCACAAGAGGUGUUAGUUCAAAUACAAGAAGGUCAGGCCCCACUCAUUGUAGAAGAGCGGAAGAGGAGGAGACCACAGGUUGAGGGUAGCCAAUCUGCUGCUGUUUCGGUACCUGACAAGGAGACACCUUACAAGGAUGCACUGAUUGGUCCAGCCUGAGUGCUUUGGGUUCCUUCAGUUUCUUCCAAUUCGGUGUGCCUUCUGCAUUUUGAGUAUACACUGUUUCCAUCCCUAAAUUUGUUUUAGAUGGUUUUUGGUAAACAACGGUAUAAAAACACUGGUUUUUUGUUUUUGUUUCGUCAUGCAUCAUACGUUUGUAAUAAUAGGGACAAAACUCCAUCGAAUACUAAUGAAAUAAGGUAUCGCGCUGGUUCUUGU